AUGGAGUUCCAGAAAAUUCCAAAUUUCUGCUCAUUUUGGCCGACCCACAACCCAUCAAAACUCUAUGAAAAAAAGCACAAUGAACAACAACGAGAACAACAACAGGUGCGUCACAAUCCUCAAACUAACGACCCAAGUCCGGAUUUUCGAAGCCCAGUUCAUCAUUUUGAUGACAUCAAUAGUUUUCAAUCAAAUUCAGCUAAUCAUAAUGUACGGGAGAAUAGCGCGAGUUCUGAUAAUGUGAAGGGAUCAAAAUCAAAGGUUUUGGAAGAGUCUGCUUUGUGGAAUAAAUUAGAGAGUUGGGUCCCACCCCCACCCCAACUCCAUCACCUACCCACGACAUCAAUAUCCCAUUCGCUGCCACUGCCGUUGUUGUUGCCUUCGCCGCCACAGGAAAUUUUUGGUUCCUUGGGCUUGAAGACGAAGAAGUAA